AACUGUGUAAUCGUGAUUAUUCGAACAUUUUGUAUGAGAUAAAUGAAUCUCGAUAUUUUGAUCAGCUAGUCCAGCGAGUCCACCGGCAAGAUGGCAGCUGUAUUUAGGCCUCGUUCUUCCUCUCUCCUCUCCGCCCUUCACCAUGGUGGGGUGAGGUCACUGACCACCUCCUGCCUUCAGCUGAGAGCAGCAGCAGCAGGUGUCCAGGCAAAGACCAAGGCCACACUGGGAAAGCCGGGCAUGAAGAACAUUGUGUUAGUGGAGGGAGUGAGGACACCCUUCCUUAUGUCUGGCACACAGUACCAGAAGCUGAUGCCCCACGACCUGGCCAGGCAGGCACUCACAGGCUUGGUUGGAAAAGUGGGGCUAGACAAGAGUGUGGUGGACUACAUUGUGAUGGGCACUGUCAUUCAGGAGGUGAAGACUUCAAACGUGGCCCGAGAGGCAGCCUUGGGAGCAGGAUUUUCAGACAAGACUCCAGCACACACUGUUACCAUGGCCUGCAUAUCUGCCAACCAGGCCAUCACUACCUGUGCAGGACUGAUGCACGCAGGAGUGUAUGAUGCCUGUGUGGCCGGUGGAGUGGAGUUCAUGUCAGACGUCCCUAUUCGACAUUCACGGAAAAUGAGAGAACUUAUGCUGAAACUCAACAAGGCAAAAACUACAGGUGCUCGGCUAAGUCUGCUCUCUCAGUUGUCCAUGAAGCACCUGAUGCCUGAGCUGCCAGCUGUUGCUGAGUUUUCCACCAACGAGACCAUGGGACAUUCUGCUGAUCGCCUCUCUGCUGCAUUCAAGAUAUCUCGGGAGGAGCAAGACAACUUUGCUUUACGGUCCCACACCUUGGCCCACAAGGCCCAAGAGGCUGGUCAUCUUUCUGAUGUGGUGGCCUUCAAGGUACCAGGAGUGGACCAGACUGUAGAGAAGGACAAUGGUAUCAGGGUGUCCACACUGGAACAGAUGGCCAAGUUGAGGCCAGCUUUUGUAAAGCCAUAUGGCACCAUUACAGCUGCUAAUGCCUCUUACCUUACUGAUGGAGCUUCAGCCUGCCUGCUUUGUACGGAGGAAAAGGCCAAAGAGAUGGGAUGGAAGCCCAAGGCUUACAUCAGGGACUUCACCUAUGUCUCUCAGGAUCCCAAGGACCAGCUCCUGCUUGGCCCCUCCUAUGCAACCCCAAAGGUUUUAGAGAAAGCAGGACUGAAAAACUCUGAUAUUGAUGUUUGGGAGAUUCAUGAAGCCUUUGCUGGACAAAUUUUGGCAAAUCUGAAAGCCAUGGACUCAGACUGGUUUGGCAAGACUUAUCAGGGAAGGUCAGGGAAGGUUGGUGCUCCUGACAUGGACAAGAUGAACACGUGGGGUGGCUCUCUCUCCAUUGGUCACCCAUUCGGUGCUACAGGUGUGCGGCUGUUGAUGCACGCUGCUCACCGCCUCAUCAAAGAGGAUGGACAGUAUGCCUGCAUCACUGCUUGUGCUGCUGGUGGACAGGGUGUCGGCAUGAUAGUUGAGAGGCACCCUGAGGCAACGGUGUAGUGCUACUCUCACUACACUCAGAAGCUGCCUUACUCACACAAGCCUCAGCUGUCUUGGGUGAAUUAUAGGCCUAAGAAACUGCACUGAUCAAUGCAAUAUUCAUAGUGUAAUUAUUGUUUUCCAUGUAUCAUAUGCUUGUAAAUACCAGUGUAUUCAUUCAUGAAGGAUUUAGGAGUCUCCAUUACAUGUCAGGAAUCCAUUCCACAAAUUUCCUGCAUAAUGUAAAAAAGAUACUAAUUUUAUUCCUACUGGUUUUUAAAAGUGCAUUUCAAUGGCUAAUAUGUAAUUUUCCAGCUCAAAUUCUCAUCCAUGCAAAACUAUAGAAAAGCUUUUUAAUUUCAUCUAUGUAGGCAAGCAAUUUCCUGAUGUACACACCUAAUCCAUACAAGCCUCUGCAUAUAUACUCUACCUCAAGUGUGUAAACUACUUUGUUAUGUAUGGUUCCUCUUUUGCAAGGAAUGCAUAAAAACUUAUCAAUUUUGAAUUGCCAGACCAAAUCACCUUCAGUGGAGUUACAGACCUACCUGGUAAGAACAGAGAACCUGUUAAGCUGUAAUUGUAUAGGGUUGUCACUUUUUCCUUAUCUGGUGACACUGCUUUUGAGGCAAGAGGAACAUAUAUAGUGUGAACCACCCCUGGGUUAAUAUUCUUUAUACAAUAUAUUCACAGCAACAUGAAUACAGCCUAAAUACUAUUUCAUCAAAGACCAGCAGUGUGUAACAAGUUUGACUUAUUUUGAUGUGGAUUUGACAUAUGAUGGAGAACAAAGACCAGCAGUGUGUAAGAAGUUUGACAUAUUUUGUUGUUGUGGAUUUGACAUAUGAUGGAGAACAUUACUAUAGUUUAGUGUAUGUGGUUUAGUGAACAGUUUUAUGGUUAGCAUCAAACUACUAGUAUUUGCAAAGGGAAAACUGUAUUUUCUUCUGGAUUCAGGUCCAGAAGUCAUCUCUUUGGUUGUGUGUGUGUGUGUAUGUGUGUGUGUGAGAGAUAGAAUGUUUUUGUGUAUUUAGCUUUGUGUUGGUUACCCAGAUGUGCAGUGUCAGCUUCAAACGUAGAAAUAAAUUUUUAUAAUCAUAUAUUAAGGAUAUGUCUAUAACAAAUAAAAGUUGAUGUGGAAUAUGAGCGCUGUUUUGCAUAUUAUGACUGCUUGUUACAAAAUUAUAUGUUAUAGACAUUUUUUAUAGUUUACUACAUACUGAGCUGACUCCCCAAUAUAAUGGUGACCAAGACAAGAUCAACAAAUGCACACAGCUUUGAUGGUUUGACACAACAACUGAAGAUGAAAUUAUGUAAUGGGAAGGACAGAGGUGUGGGAAGACAGUAGUAUCCUCUUGCAUACAAUACUUCACGUUUGACAUGAAUAUACAACAGAUUAAAAAUCCUAUGGUUGAAACAUGUAUUCUUCAUAUAAAAUGCCCUUUGUACCUUGUCUUUUGGGUUCAUGAAAAUAUGAUUCUUACAAACAAGUUUGUAAACUGGAUACAAAUAAAGAAAUACAAAAUCUUAA